AUGAAAGAACUAACAUCGGCUCAAGAUGCACUUGACAAUACCUUGGAAUCAGCUGUAGAAAGAAUGACCUUAUUCACUAAAUUUGAGAACACAAGUCAUGAGACGAACGCCAUUCUCAAGGAAGUUAACGAGGUAAUUUACGAAUUAAAGAUGGUUAAUGAUGAUCGGUCAUCGGUUACUUCUUCCAGACGAAGUAAAAAAUCCUCAAGAAGUAAGUCCUCUCGUUCAACCACAGCAAGCACAACUUCAACGGCGCAACAACGUCGACUCAACUUAGAAGAAGAAUUAGCCACUUUAAAGGCCAAGAUGCAUAUGGCUGGAGGGAAGGAAGAGUUAGACGAAGCCAAUCGAAAGGCUUUAGAAAACCUUGACGAGUUAAGGCUUCAACUUCAGAAAGAAGAAACGAGAGUGAAGGAAGAAAUACAGAACGCCACGAAGAGAUUCCAAAUUGCAGAAGAACUAGCAGAAAAGAAGGCAAGAAUCGAAGAAGAGUUCGCACCACUACCUUUGGCAGACAGCGAUGAGGCAAGUUGUGCCCAAGAACGCCUCGCAAGAUUUCUAGGGCUCCAACCGGACAUGCCAAAUGCUGAUAACUAUGUACGGGAAAACACAACUGCUGCCGAGUCCACGCCACCAAAGGACCCAAAAUUAAUGCCAGAGUUAUGCCCAUUAAAUCCGUCUACUCCUGAAUUUGUCCCUAAUGCUGUGCCUUCCAUCCCCACAAACCAGCAGGACACUAUACCUCCCGUGAUUGAGAAAAUUGUAACCAACCCUGUCCCCAACGAACCUAGCCUUUUUCAUGCUCAACUUGACGUAAUUUCAAAAUUAUUAGAAGUUCAGAAUCAAAAUCGUCUACCAUUGCCCGAACCUGGAAUCUUCAAUGGCGAUCCCCUCCAAUUUCCAAUUUGGCUAAAGGCAUUUGAGACACUGAUCGAAGGUCGAGCAAUAAAUCCUGCAGAAAGACUCCACUUCCUAGGCAAGUACGUCACAGGUGAGGCGAAGGAACUGAUUAAAGGAUUCAUGCUCUUAGACGGUGAAGAUGCCUAUCGAAAGGCAAAAGAAAUGUUGUUGAAGCGUUUUGGUGAUUCAUUUGCUGUUGCAGCUGCCUUUCGACAGAAGCUCGACACUUGGCCGCAAAUAUUUCCGAAUGACGUACAGGGAUUAAGAAAUUACGCGGACUUUCUAGUUCAGUGCGAGAAAGCGAUGGAAAAGAUUAGUUGCCUGAAGGUCCUGGAUGAUGAUCAAGAAAAUCACAAGUUAGCAUCUAAGUUACCAAGAUGGACAUUGGUCAGAUGGGGAAGACGAGUCUACGAUUGGGAAGAAAAGAACCACAAUUUCCCCCUGUUCUCCGAGUUCGUAAAAUAUCUUGUGACCGAGUCCAAUAUAGCUUGCGAUCCAGUUAUCAGCCGUUUUAGGAAGACGACUCUAAGAAAGCGAAGGGUCAACCGUACGAAAUACCGAAUCGCAGGAAUUGUCCGAAUCGAGAUGAAUUUCGCAGUCGAAACACUCGCAACACGAUCAGAAGAAGGAGAUCAGGGCAAGGAAAGACCUAACGGUGAAGCAAAGCAAACCACCUGCAUACUGUGUAAUGGACCUCAUGAACUGAACUCGUGUCAGUCGUUUUGCGCAAAGGAUAUAAUAGAUAGAAAGGAAUAUGCGAAAGAAAAGGGUCUUUGCUUUGGCUGCUUAACGCAAGGACACAUAUCUAAACACUGCAAAAAAAGAAAAACUUGUACAACGUGCAAGAAGUCGCAUCCAACAUCCCUCCAUGGAGAUCUUAGGAAACCCGAAAACAAUCAGAAUUCCCAAUCCCCUGAAAAUCCCGCUACGACCAACUGCACAAAGACUUGUUUUAUGAUCGACGGUAACGAGCAUCAAAUCAGUUCGAUGAUCAUACCUGUGUGGAUUAGUCAUGAGCACAAUCCCGAGUUAGAGAAACUUACCUACGCGCUGCUGGAUGAUCAGUCUGAUACAACCUUUGUUUCGCAGGAAACAUUAAACCAUCUUAACGUCAGUGGACCGAAGACACAGCUAUCCUUGUCGACUAUGCACGCGGAGAAUGAAUUGCUACCCAGUCAAAGGAUCAAGGGACUAAAAAUCAGUGAUGUCAUGCAUAGCAAGGUUAUUCAACUUCCCACAAGUUUUUCCUGCAUCGCAAUACCAGCAAGACGUCAACAAAUCCCCUGUCCCGAAAUGGCUAAGAAGUGGCCCCAUCUCAGAGACAUUGCCUCACAUCUAAUACAUCCUCAGAACAAUAUCAAAGUAGGACUUUUGAUUGGUUCGAACUGUCCUCAAGCAAUAAUGCUGCGUGAAGUUAUUCCCGGUCAGCAAAAUGAACCCUAUGCACAAAGAUCUGAUUUGGGCUGGGGAAUAAUCGGCAAUGUUACCAAGCCCACCGAAAACAACGAUGAAAGUUCAGUAGCCAUCGUUCACCGAGUAACUACGCGUAACCCCACAAGCACCAACACGCCACAGCAGAAGACUUGUUAUUUUGCCAUUAAGCCAACUGUGAAGGAAGUUAUUAAUCCUGCUCAGUUGUGCCAAAUGUUAGAGUUGGACUUUUCCGAAAGAAGAAAUUCUGAGCCAUCAAUGUCACAGGACGAUAGGAAAUUCCUAUCUAAGAUGGAUCAAGGUGCGUAUCAAGAAGAAGGUGGCCAUUACGUUAUGCCCCUACCAUCUUGUGAGCUAGUACCAAAGAUUCCCAACAACAAGUCGCUUGCCUUACACCGACUGUCGAAACUACGAAUUUGCUUGGAGAAGAACGAGAAAUAUCAGAAAGAUUACAGCCGCUUCAUGAAUGACCUCAUUGAGAAAAACCAUGCUGAGAGAGUUCCUGAAAAGGAGCUGGAAAAUGAGGAUGGCAGCACAUGGUAUAUUCCACAUCAUGGGGUAUACCACCCGCGAAAGCCAGACAAGAUACGCGUCGUCUUUGACUGCAGCACAGACUACAAGGGUGAAGCCAUUAACCGCCAUCUAUUACAAGGGCCCGAUCUCACAAAUCAACUCGUAAGUGUUCUGUGCCGGUUCAGACAAGAUCCUGUUGCACUUACUUGCGACGUCGAGUCGAUGUUUCAUCAAUUCAAGGUUAUCGAAGCACACAAACUUCCUACGAUUUCUUUGGUUCGAGGACGGCGACAUAACGAAGAACCCGGUGGAGUACAGAAUGACCGUACACCUUUUCGGCGCAGCAUCUUCGCCAGGUUGCGCAAAUUACAGCUUUAAGAAAAUCGCAACAGACCAUGAGAGAGAGUUUUGAUCGGAGGCAGCAAACUUUAUUAAGGACAACUUUUAUGUCGACGAUGGCCUAAAGUCUGUCAAUACAGCCGAACAUGCGAUUUCUUUGAUUCAGAAAACGAAAGAACUGUGUGCAAAGGGUGGCUUACGACUCCAUAAAUUUGCCUCUAAUUCGAAAUCAUCGCAGCAAUCCCACCCGAUGAUCGAUCGUGUCAGUUGAAGAACCUCAAUCUCGGAAGCGACCGCCUACCGAUAGAAAGAGCUCUGGGAGUGCAAUGGUGUAUCGAGUCCGACGCCUUCCAAUUGCAAAUAACAGUGCAAGACAGCCCAUUGAGAAGACGUGGCAUUCUUUCUACCGUCAGUUCAGUAUACGACCCACUUGGUCUUGUGUCACCCGUUGUGCUCAUAGCCAAGCAAAUUCUUCAAGAGCUAUGUCGAGACGGAGCCGACUGGGACGACCCAAUUCCAGAUUCAAUCAAGGUUAGAUGGGAAAGAUGGAGAAGAGAACUUUUCCUACUCAACGACGUAAAAGUACAGACAAGUUUCAGACCCGAAGGCUUCGAACAACUGAAAUCCGUAGAGCUUCAUCACUUCUCCAAUGCUAGUACGUCAGGAUACGGACAAUGUUCCUACGUACGCUUGUUGAACCACGACGGCGAAGUUCACUGUGCACUCGCAAUGGGAAAGUCACAUGUAUCUCCCCUAAAGAACGUCACGAUUCCACGUUUAGAGUUAACCGCAGCAUUAGUUUCUGUCAGAGUAAGCACCAUGCUACACCGUGAACUUGACUAUGAUAAGAUUCUUGACAUCUAUUGGACCGAUAGUAAAGUUGUACUUGGCUACAUUGGUAAUGAUGCUCGAAGAUUUCACGUUUACGUUGCGAAUCGCGUACAACAAAUUCGAGAUGAGACCUCUCCAGAGCAGUGGAAAUACGUUGAAAGCAAAGAAAAUCCGGCCGACGACGCAUCGAGGGGAUUAACAGCUCGCGAGUUUCUCAAUAGUGAACGCUGGCUUUCAGGACCUCCAUUCCUAUGGAACCGUAAUCUCGACUUGGCCGCUGAUGAUCAUCAACCACUUCCUAGUAACGAUCCCGAAGUGAAGACAAAUGUUUUCAUCACCCAAGUAACAUCCAGAAGCUUCUCAACAAUUCCCGAGCGUCUCGAGUACUUUUCGGAUUGGCAUCGUGCCAAAAGAGCCGUAGCCGUAAUCGUAAGAUUUCAACGACGAUGGAAGAAAUCUCACUUGCAACCCUAUGAAGCUUCCAUGAGCUCCACAACCGAAUAUCAAGGACCGAACGUCGAAGAGCUUCUUCAAGCCGAAGUUGCAAUCGUGAAGCAAGUACAAGAACAAGCGUUCUGAAGGGAAAUCCAAAUGUUGUGUUCAAUGCAGAAACCUGAUUCUGGUCAAGACGACGUGCGAAGACGUAAAGCAGUCAUGAAGAAAACCAGUUCGCUUUAUCGCUUGGAUCCAUUUCUCGACAAGGAGGGCGUCCUUCGAGUCGGUGGGUGCCUCACUCGUGCAAACACCCCCUACCAUGUUAAACAUCCAACCAUCUUACCACGAAAGGGACACAUUACUGCAUUAGUGAUCAGGGCCUAUCAUCAACAGGUUAACCACCAAGGACGCGGAAUGAUGCUGAAUGAGCUUCGUGCGAGCGGGUAUUGGAUAACUGGUGGAAGUUCCGCUGUUGCUCAUCAUAUUUCCGAGUGCGUUCCAUGCCAGAAACUCCGCGGUUCCACCCAAGAACAGAAAAUGGCCGAUCUACCUCCAUCACCCCCCUGGCCAUCACCCCCCUUUACACACUGCGGGGUCGAUUACUUUGGGCUGUGGCUUAUUCAAGAAGGACGACGCGAACUCAAACGGUAUCGUGUCCUAUUUACUUGCCUUGCAUCACGUGCAAUACACCUCGAAGUAGCGAAGAGCCUAGAAACUGACUCAUUCAUUAAUGCAUUACGUCGUUUCCUGGCGAGACAUGGUCCGAUAAGAGUGCUACGAUCCGAUCAAGGUACGAACCUCGUAGGAGCGUGUUACAAACUUACAGAAGCCUUUGAAGGAAAUCAAUAGAGAAAACGUGCGAGAUUUCCUGCUAAAAAACGAGUGCGACUGGAUCGAAUUCCAACCAAACGUUCCAGCCGCUAGUCAUGUGGGAGGAUUGUGGGAACGUCAAAUAAGGACUGUUCGUAACAUCCUCGACACCAUACUAAAUCAGUCUGGAACACAAUUGAACGAGGAGUCACUCCACACCUUCAUGUGUGAAACGGAAGCUAUAGUUAACAGCCGACCAUUGACCAUCAACAACCUAACUUCACUGAACGAAGGCGAACCACUCACCACAAACCACUUGCUUACGAUGAAAUCUUGUGUUCUCUUACCACCACCUGGAGAAUUUCAGAAGGAGGACAUGUACCUAGUGAAACGCUGGCGAAGAGUGCAAUAUUUGGUAAAUCAGUUCUGGUCGCAUUGGCGAAAGGAAUUUCUGUAUUCACUACAACAGAGGCAGAAGUGGGUACGCCCUCGGCGAAAUAUGCAACCAGAAGAUAUUGUGUUAAUGUCCGAAGGUAACAUGCCAAGAAAUUGUUGGCGUAUGGCCCGCAUAGAAGAAGCUUAUACUGAUGAGGACAGAUUUGUGCGAAAGGUGAAGCUGGUUAUGAGUGAUCCUUCACUGAAUCGAAAGGGAGAGCGCGUUCGUGCCAAAAGCGUGUUGGAACGACCAAUCCAGAAGUUGCUACUACUAUUAAAAUGUGAUGGUGAUCAAAAUGAAAAUGAAGAUAAACGAUUCCCCAACGGAGAGCCUAACUGA